GACAAUUUGUUUCUCAGCCAUGAUCUUGUUAUUGCAGGUUAAAAAUGCCACAUAGAACACGGCCUAUGACUGCUCUCUUGGUGUUUAUGGGAGUGAAUGUUGUUUUGGUAUCAACAAUUACUCCAGUGUAUGAUUUCGUUUGCUUCCUUCCAUACUGGGAAAGAAGGAGAGAACGUCGUCGGAAGGAACGUGAAGCUGCUUUAACAAAAGGUGCUGAAUCUGCCUAAAGAAGUUUCUGAUGCAAACUUUUCAGAUAACAGAUUUUUGUGCAUCAUUGUUGUGUUGUAAAGUUGUGAUUUCUAUUUUCCUUGGAAGAGGAGGAAAAGAGAACUGGAAAAUGUGUUUCUGGUAGCAAAUGUAGGUUCUUCCCCUAUGGGUUUUUAAUGCUGCUUUUGCUGGAACAUGCAACUGUAGGGUUCUCUUUGUCAUGUAAUGGGGUAGCACUUAGCUGAAGUGUUGGCUUACAGAUAGGAUCUUAUCUGUUGGAGGGUUUACUGAAGUAUGUCUUGCCUCUGAUUGUGGCUUUAUGAGGCUGAAAAUCCAAUUUCUGGGAGAGAAGAAAAGCAAGAACUUAUAGAGGUGAAAUCCUACAUUUCUCAAAGUUGGUAGGAAAAGUACAUUUGUGAAAGCUGAAUAGCUGUUCAAUAUUUUUUCUACCUUCCCCACCCAAUCCCCUCCUCCCAAAGAUAUGGAAAAGAUGGGCGUUUCAAUUUUGUGUGUAAAGGUAUUGAAGAUAUUUUCCACAUAAUAAGGAUGAAGUUUGAUAAUCA